AUGCCCACUGGCUUCCACACCCGAACCCUCUACUUCUACCGCUUCACGGGCCGGCCCAACUUCUUCGACUCGAAGGUGCUCAAGGAGUCCCUGGCCCAAGCCCUGGUCGACUUCUACCCAGUUGCGGGCCGGCUAAGGCUGGACGAGAAUGACCGCAAGGAGAUCAUUUGCAACAACGAGGGUGUGCUUUUUGUGGAGGCUGAGGCCAAUGGCGAGAUGGACGAGUUGGGCGAGUUUGGGCCCAGGCCCAAACUCGGUCUUGCUCCAUCAGUUGAUUAUUCGAAGGGUAUUUCGACGUACCCCUUGUUCCUAGUGCAGGUGACUCGUUUCAAAUGUGGCGGGGUUUGCCUAGGUUUUGCAUAUGAGCACAACCUUUCCGACGGAUACUCAGCCAUCCAUUUUAUCAACACGUGGUCUGACCUCGCUCGUGGCCUACCCAUCUCGAUGCCUCCUUUCCUCGACCGAACGGUCCUCCGCGCGCGCAAUCCGCCGAACCCUACGUACCGGCACACUGAGCUCCAAUUUCCCACACCAACAAAAACUCCACUCGUAAACCAUUCCCCAAUGAAGUACUCGGCUUUCAAGCUGACCCGUGCUCAGCUCGACAAAUUGAAGGACAAGUGCCAACCGGAAAACAAUCUAAAUCACGCGUUCGAUGGGGUCCGUCCCGUGCCUUACAGCACGUAUGUGGCCCUCGCGGCCCACGCUUGGCAGGCCGUCUGCAGGGCUCGUGGGCCCCCACCGCCCGAGGAUACUCGUCAGGAGACCUGGUUGUACAUCCCGGUUGACGGGCGGUCGAGGUUAGGGCUACCGAGGGGAUACUUUGGAAACGUGAUUGUCAAUGCCGUGGUCGUUGCCUCGUGGGCCGAGCUCGUGUCGGGCCCACUGAGUUUUGCCGUGGGGAAGGUCCGCGAGGCGGUGGCGAAAAUCGUGGAGGAGGCCUAUCUGAGGUCGGCCCUCGAUUACCUGGAGAUGCACCCAACUAGUAUGGGGGCUCGGGCGGGUAGCCCGUUCGGGUUCCCUAACCUGACGGUGAUCGGUUGGGCCAAAUUACCAUUUUACGAGGCAGAUUUCGGAUGGGGCGGGCCGAUACACGUGGGCCCGGCUGAGGCCCCGUCCGAGGGGGCUACGAUCGUGAUGCGGAGCCAGGAGAACGAUGGGGGGUUGUUGUACGCAGUGUCGUUACCGGAGGAGCAAAUGGAGUUGUUUAAGACGUAUUUUUACAACAUUUGA